AUGCAAAGUGAUUUCGGAGGCGAAAAACCAAACUGCACAUUAAUGCGCCGCGCGCCAUCAUUACUUUCGCCACGUGUCGCUCAUCCUGUGGGGAACAAACGGCACGCGAAGCGCGGAAGUCAAAGCGCUCAGACGUCCCUUCACCCGUCAGCUCGACGCGACCUUCUGACUUCGCCAACGUCAGCCUCUGAACAAAUAAUGCCAGAAGGGACAAAGUUUAGCCCCUUCCCCAAGUUGGACUACCGAACGGUAGGGCCACGGUUCCUUCCGAAGACAAUUUCAAAUCCCCUUCCGAGAACUCUCGCAAGGGGACUUGGGGGACUCCUGUUUAUACCGAAAUGA